AAAGUUCGGAGUUCAGGCACAUUCUAAGUCUGUGGAUAGCAGCUUUUCCCCUGGUAAUGUGAGUGCUGUGUGUAUCUACAAGUAUCUGUCUACAACCCUCUUCCCCUUUGUUCACCAGAACCCUUUCUGCGUUCUGAUUAUCAGCACCUUCCCCUUUUAACUUAAAAGUGACUAUCUCCCUGCAAAUGGAACAAAUAAGAGAUCUGAAACCGAGCUACGUUGUAAAACCUGCACGUGCAACCUCAAGCGUCUGAUUCACUUAGGCCAUCAUAGAGGCUCUGGUAGGUCUCUGAAUUAGUCAGCGGAGAACACUUCGCGUGAGAAGCUGGAGGUCUGCUACGAACUUUCUGACCAUUCCAGAGCACAUGCAUAGAGCCAGCGCACUCUGUCUUGCAUCCCCAGAGUGAAAUGAGAAUGGUACCUGCCCUCGCUCUCAUGCGGAUACUGCUGUCACUGGGGAAUGGGGGGGUGUUGGCUGGUCUGGUCAUCACUCGCCCCAAGCUGAAGGCUGGCUUUGGGGACUCUGUCCUGCUGGAAUGUUUCUUCCAAAGCUUGGUGCCAGGGGACUGGAACGUGACCAAAGUCGACUGGAUACAUGUGCCGGAAAACAAUACUCAGGCGGAGGAGAUGGUCUUCUACUACUACAGUAACCACAGCGUUCCUGUGGGACGCUUCCAGCACCGAGUGCAGUGGUGCGGGGAUGUGGCCCGCAAGGACGGCUCUGUGAGGAUGCAGGAUGUACAGGCGGAUGACAGUGGGACGUACACCUGCGAGAUCCGGGUGUUUGGGUGGAGCAGCGUCUUCAAAAACUACACCGUGCUGCAUGUGACCUCUGCCAGACAGAGAUGGUCCAGAUUUGCAGGGGCCCAGGACUCCAAGAGCACCAGUAGCAGUGGCUGGGGGGCCAUCCUGGGUUACGUCUGUGCGAUCACCUUCCUGGCCCUCUUGUUGGGAUAUGGGCUGAAAAAGUUUCUCCAGAGGCAGAGACGUACGGAGAACGGGCCCCUGUCGAGGAGUCGGGAUGGUGGCAGUCGGGAUGAAGCAGAGGAAGGUAUUUACUCCCUCAUACCCUGUGCUGAGACGCUCAAGGCUGGGCAGGAGGCAGAGCUGUGGAGCAGAAAGGACAUGACCUACAUGACCAUGCACCCCUCUGCCUCUUUCCCUGGGGCGGGCACUGCACUGCUGGAGAACAACGUGUAUGUCCAGCUGCAGAGGAAGAAGAUCCCAGUGGAAUGGCUGGAUGAGGGGAGACUGGGCAAUGGAGGAGCCCAAGAAAGCAAGAAAACCUGUGAAAAGUCCAACAGUCCAGCGGAGGAAUUCCCUUGAUCCCUGGAUUGGGGGAAAGCACCUCUGAGCCCAGCCUGGCACGAUAGCCAGGGACAUUGACCUCUCCAGGGACAAACUUGACAGGGACAGGCUUGACAAAGCCCUAGCUGGGAUGAUUUAACUCAGGCUUGACAAAGCCCUAGCUGGGAUGAUUUAACUGGGACUUGGUCCUGCUUUGAGCAGGGGGUUGGACUAGAUGACCUUCUGGGGUCCCUUCCAACCCUGAUAUUCUAUGAUUCUAUGAUUCUAUGAAACUCUACCCACUCCGUCAGCAUGCUGCAGGGCUGCCUUUGUCCGUACAGGGUAUGGGCCGUAUCACUCUAGCUGUCCAGGUUAUAAUCUAUUUGUGCUGUGACAGCACCUGCCAGCCCCAGCCAGGAUCGGGCCCCAUUGUGCCCAGCGCUGUGUAGACUUGCUGCUCAUUGAGGAUGUUUUCAAAAGGGUCACUUCAUGCUCUGGUGGGGCUGCUGCUGUUUUUGCGUCUGCGCCGUGAGCCCAGCACGGCCUGGCCUUCACACAGGGCACGGGGAGGGCACUUCUUGCUACCUGGGGCAGGCCAGGAGUGGGGCACAGGAGGGCAAUGAAGAUGAACGGACUUUGCUCUGGUUUCACCUUCAUUCUGCGGGCGAGACAGUGCCCCAUGGCAGAGCUUCCACUCUCCAGCUGGGAUAUUGGUCGGUGCCGUCAAAACCCAGCGCGAGAGAACUCCAGGGAGAGUCCCACCUCCAGCCGGGGAGGUGGUGAUCGGGUGUUGGGUGCCCUGCAGCUGCCUGGGCUGGCCUGCUUCCUUGGCACCUAGCGGGCUCCAGCCUGGCACCUUCCACCAGAGCCACAUGGGAAACAAGCAAACCGACGUCCGGGGGAAAUAGUUCAGUUGAACUGUAGCAAAUCCAGUGCUGUGUGUGUGUGUGUGUAAAUAGAUGUCCACCCCCCCCACGCACGCAUGUUUGUGUCUCCAUUUAUACA